AUGAUAAAUAGUGAUCCUUGGGUGUUCAAAGGUUAUCUCGUAAGAAUGAAAUCUAACGUGCCAAAAACUUCUACGAGCGAAGCUAAACGUAUAGUUUGGGUCGAUUUAGAGAUGACCGGUCUCAAUAUUGAAAAGGAUCAUAUUCUAGAGAUAGCUUGCCUUGUAACAGAUGAACAUUUAAAUAUUGUCGGCACAGGACCCAAUAUAAUAAUACAUCAGGAUGAUGAAGUAUUGAAUAAUAUGAAUCAAUGGUGUGUUACUCAACAUGGAGAGAGUGGACUAACGGAGGCUAGUCGUAAAUCUCAAAUCUCAUUAACCAAAGCAGAAAACGAAAUUUUAAAUUUCGUCAAAUCUCAUGCUCCGGAGAAAUUAUGCCCAUUAGGAGGAAACAGUGUGUAUAUGGAUAGACUAUUUUUACGAAAAUAUAUGCCGAAAUUAAACGACUAUUUGCACUAUAGAAUUAUUGAUGUGAGUACAAUAAAAGAGUUAGCUAAAAGAUGGUUUCCCAAGGAGUAUUCAAGAAUACCUACAAAGAAAUUUGAACAUAGAUGUUUGAGUGAUAUUAAAGAAAGUAUAGAAGAACUUAAGUAUUAUAGAAAUAAUAUAUUUAAAGUGAAUGAACCAUUGUAA